AUGUCCAAAGCCACCCUCGCCAUAAUCGCCGCCGUCAGCGCCGCUACGGGAGCCGCAGCGACGGCAGCACUCUACUCCUCGCGCAAAGAAACCACGCCAACACCCUCAGCAUCCCCUACCUCGACCACCCCAACCGCUCCGCGCACCCCAAGCCCAAGCCCAAUAAUACCAUCCGCACCUCUUCCAUCCACGCCUACUCGAACCCCCCUCACUCACCCCGUCGACCCCUCCGGCCUCUUCCAAUACGGCUUCCCCGGCCCAACCGCCGACCUCCGCACCCACCCUUCCCUAACCCUCUCCUACGACCGCCGAACCCGGAACCCGCACUGGGUCGCCGAGCACAUCACUCCUGCGUCCCUCGCCGCCUCCAACGCGGACAGGAAGCACAGCGUCUUCGUCGAAGACACCAGCAUCCCCGAGCCCUUCCGGGCGAAGCUAAAAGACUAUUUCCGGUCGGGCUACGACAGGGGCCACCAAGUGCCCGCCGCGGACGCAAAAUGGAGCCAGGAGGCCAUGGACAGCACGUUUGUGCUCAGCAACAUGUGUCCGCAGGUCGGCGAGGGGUUUAAUCGAGACUACUGGGCGCAUCUGGAGGAUUUCUGCCGUCGCUUGACGCAUCGGUACCCGAGCGUGCGCAUCGUGACAGGCCCGCUCUACCUCCCCAAGCGCGACGCUGACGGAAAAUGGAGGGUGUCAUACGAGGUGGUGGGCUCCCCGCCAAACGUCAGCGUGCCGACGCAUUUCUACAAGGUCGUGUUUGGGGAGGAUGGGCGGACGGGUGGGGAGGUGGCGGUUGGGGCGUUCGUGCUGCCGAACGCGCAUAUUGACAACUCGAAGCCGCUGGCCGAGUUUGAGGUCCCGGUUGAGGCGGUCGAGAGGGCGAGUGGGCUCGAGUUUGCGAAGCUGUUGCCUGCGCAGCGGAGGAAGAGAUUGUGUAGGGAAGUGGAUUGCUCGAUUUUGGUGAAGGAGUAUGGGGAUCGGCAGAAGAGCUUUGGCAGGGGGCAGGGUGGACAGGGUGGAAGGGGGCUGCCGUCGCCGUAG